CACCAACAACAGGACACUCAGCAUCUUCAGUAUAUGAUUGUCACCAGGGAAAAAUGUACAGCUCAAAAGUCACUACCAGACCAACUCUUCACUGUCACCCUUGGACUUUUACAGUAAAUAGUUACACUUGCACAGUUGCUCGCCUUCUUUUUUACUAUUACCGGCAUCAAACACAUUGAGCAUGCUUUGUUCCGUUUUGUGGGGGGAAUAAUAACAGGGUUGGUUUUGUUCGGUUACUUCCAACUGUGGUGCACCCGUACAGUACAGUUGGACCGAACAGAGGAUGUGGGCGCACUGACACGGUCGAAUAAAAAGUAAAUCUUGGAGGUUAGCAAUAGGGAGCACUCGUAAAUCUUGGAGCUUUAUAGGGCGGACCCUGCAGCCUUUGCAGACACAUCACGGGAUCAUGGCACAAUUCAAGCCGGCGCCGGAUUGGAUUGGAGCGCUAAUCUGGCCGCGCCCCACGUCUCCAAAGGUGAAUCUAGGACGCGAGCUGGUGGCAUCAUGCAAUGCAAUGAUGAUCUAAACACUAAACACCGAGAAUCUCAGAUAUAUCUCUUCUUCCGUGGCAAUUUCUAUUGUUGCCUGCGAGGACAAAUCCCGGGCGCCAGGACACGACACGCCCUGCCUGCACUGCACCGCAACCGCAAGCGGUAGUGACAAGAAGCCAUGGCCGACGUGGCCCACGCCCGGGCCCGCGGGUCAUGUAGAGGCGGCCCGCACCACGUGGACGCCCGAAGAUCUGUCCGGUGGCCCACGCUGCUAACCGGGAAAAGCGCGGAGAGCCUAAUGAGCGGACGCCACGCAGCACUAUUCGGAUCACCGACGGCGCCACCGACGACGACGACGACGGCCGAGGGGGGUCUCCCUCGUUUAGAUCGUGCGCGCGGCGCGAUCGGAUCGGCGAGGAGCCGGGCCGGAGUAAACUCCGGCCGACCCAACAGCCAGCCGCCCCAGGGAAGGAAGGGAACGAGGCGCGCCGCACGCAACAGUGGCGGGCACGAGGACGUGCCGUCCCUCCAGGACUUAACUUGCCAUCCCUCCCAACCGUACCAUUGCGCCACGGUGUCCAGCUACAUCCCAGUGGCCUUCGGGCGAGACAGCACGGUUGGAAGAAGAGUUAGUUGGGCUUGGACGCAUCCUAGGCUUGCUUCCAAACAGGGAAACUCGCCGCCGAUCCUGAUUCCUAGACUGAAUCGCGGUGAAACCUUUGAAGCACGGUGGCUUCUGUCUUUUUCUUUCUCCCUUCCUGCCUUUCUCUUUGAUUAUUCUAGCCUACAUACGCACAAGAUGCCAAUAUUUUUCUACUUUUGCUUCCCCUAACGCACGCUAGUGUUGGAAGUUGAAGUCACAAAUUUUUUAUUUAUUUUGAA